AUGCUUCUUUCUCAUUCGGUUGUUCUCCGCAUAGCUGCCAGCGCUAUUGCAACUACGUUUGUCGGAUUCGGUGUCAACGCUAUUCUACGUCCAGACCAUGCUCUCACUUUCUUCGAAUUUCAGCCACCCACCUCCGUAGUAGACAAACAAAUGUUUGACAGUCUAAUGGCAAUCUACGGAGUCAGGGAUAUCUUUAUGGGGGCUGCCAUAUAUGUGGCUUCGUACUUCGGCACCCGUUCAACCCUGGGCUGGAUUUUGCUUGCCGCUAGCAGUGUUGCAUUUGCAGAUGGGUUGAUUUGUUUCACCCAUGGACAGGGACAGUGGAAUCACUGGGGAUACGCACCAAUGGUUGCUAUUGCUGGUAGCUUGUUGCUUGGUGUCUUCGAUCUAAUUGCCACCAUUCUCGGUGUAUGCCAGCUCACCAGCUCACCACCUCAUGAUAUCUGGGUCCACUAUUGGGCAGGGACAAUGGUGCUUUGGUUUGACGAUGAUGAUAUCGUCAAUCUCAAGUUCAAGACACAUGAGAAUACUUACUAA